AUGAAAAAGGAAAUUAAUGUUCUUGCAAGUGGUAAUAUUUAUUUUUUCUACCGUCCCAAGGUUGAGAGCAAGCAAAACCAAAAAGAGGAGGUGCAGAGAUUUUUCUUGGUCCUUCAUCCGCAGCAAAGUAGAAAAUAUCACUUAAUAAUCAUCGGCAAAAAGCACUUACCGCAGGAGAAAGGAGAAAAUUAUUUUGGUUUUGUCGAAACGAUUAAGAAAAAUAAAAAUGUUUUGCUACAAUCACUAACCGAAAAGCGCUAUACAACUGCUACCCAUGGCGAACGAUUGCUACCAGAUUCCCAUUGUCUAGGAGCAGGGAAAUUCUUGAUAGCAAGUCAUGAUAAUCAUACACAUUUUAUUUAUCAAUUAACCAAUCCGAAAAAAAUUAAGUCGGCGCAAAAUGAGUUCCAUAUAAAAGCAGAAGAUGAUUAUCUAAUUAGCGUUAAAAAUCCGCAAAUUGAAACGUCAAAAGGGGUUGGGCUAGCAGAAAAACAAAAAGCCAAUUAUCCCAAUUCUCUUCAAAAAAAGUUUUCUGACUAUCACUUUAUCCCCCUUAAUCCCACGAAUUUUUUAGAUUAUGAAGGGACCGAGUUAUUGUUAAUUGCCACCAGUAAGGAAAAUUUGACCGAAAGAGCAAAAGAAAUUAGUAGUUGUUUAGAAAGAAUUUGCUCUGAUAGAUUGCUAGAAGAAUUUGCUAAAAUAACUCCGCCGGAAGCAGUUGCGCCAAUUACUAAUCCAGCCGCAAAAGGAGACUUUUUUGCGGCUAAAAGUUAG